CAAUGAUCAUGCUCCUUGCUAUUUUUGGCCUCUUCCUAACUGUUAAAACAUCUGACAUCAUUAAGCUGCAAGUGCAAACAGUGAGGCGUGGAGAUAAUGUAACUAUCAAAUGUGAUGAAAACCUGUUGAAAAGUAACCAAGAUAAUUUAGUUUGGUACAAGCAGAGUUUUGGAAAGGUGCCUCAGUAUGUAGCAAGAAAAAUUAAAAACACCUGCAGAUUUAAUCCUGCUUUUAAGGAUGGCCACCUCAGUGUUACUCAGGAAGGAAAAAGAUUUGAUAUCAACAUUGUUAGAACCAAAGAAGAGGACAAAGCAACAUAUUUCUGUGCAGAAAUGCUGGAAAAUGUAGUAGAGUUUAAAUCUGGAACAGUUUUGGCUUUUCAUGCUGAGAAGGUCAACCACCCGGUUCCGACUCUAACAGUUAUCAGCAGUGGAGAGUCUGUCACUCUUCAGUGUUCAGUACAAGUGAUUGCUUCAAGUUCUGCAGAUGAACAGAGCGUGUACUUGUUCAAACAUGGUUCAGGAGAAUCUCAUACAGGACUCAUUUACACUCCUGGAGACAGCAGUGCUCAGUGUAAAAGGAGCUCUGAGGAUGGUUUUCCCACACAGAGCUGUAGCUAUACCCUGCUGAAGAGCAGCCUUGGACCUGCUGAUGUUGGAUUUUUCCGCUGCGCUUUGGCUGCUUGUGGAAGGAUCCUUUUUGGGAAUGGAACAAAAGUUGAUUUAAAAGCGAAUUACAUUUCAGAAAGCAACCACUGGAAUGUCAUUGUCUUGACAACAUCUAAUAUAAUAUCUGGUAUUAUAAUCAUUAUUCUGGUUGGAGUUAUAUUUAAAAAUAGGAAAGGUGCCACCAAGAGCCAUCCACAUCCCACAAAACAGGCUGAAAAUGACUUGAACUAUACAGCUGUGACUUUUGAAGAAACCUUCUUCCUCCAGAAUGCCGUCAAGAGUCAACACUGAUCACGACACUUAUGCACAGGUCAAAAUACAUUAGCAAAAAGAAUAUGUGGGAAAAUGUAUUCUCCUGUUUUGUAUAAAUUGCUGUCUAAAAUUCAAUUUCUUCAUGUUCAAAGCAUGACACAAAAGAUGAUAGACAAGCUGUACUGCUGAUUUUUUUUUUAUUUUACUUUUUGUCAGCUGUACGUGUUGUAAUCAGUUUUGAAACAAACAACUGUAA